CAUCAAAUCGUAACUAAUUGAUUAAGAAUUUCAUUUGAGUUCAAUGGCAAAUACUGCUAGAGGCGCCCGUCCGGUUGUUGAAAAUUUUGUGCCUGGUUCUGGUUGGACAGAGGACUCAAGUGGCCAUUAUCUUCUAAUUGAUCUUCCUGGUUUCCAGAAGGAUCAGGUGAAGAUACAAAUUUUUAACUCCGGACUUAUAGAGGUCACCGGAGAAAGACCAGUAAAUGAGAACAAACACAUUCGGUUCGAGCAGGAAUUCGAGGUUCCUAAAAACUCAGAUGCAGAUGGCAUCACAGCAAAAUUUGAUGGUGAAAUUCUCUACGUAACUGUUCCAAAGCACAAGGUGGAAGAGAAGAAAGAACCUGAACCGAAGAAAGAACCCGAACCCGCUGGCGUAAAAGACCAAAUUGCAAAUGGCGCCGCAAAAGAUCAGAAUAUGUGUGAAAAACCGAAAGACAAAGAAGCCAAAAAGAAAGACGACAAAAGUAAGAAGGAAGAAGGAAGCCGCCAAAAAGGCCCCGUUAGUCUUUCAGAAGAUAGUGAGAAGAGAUGGGAAGGUGAGCCUAGUUAUCUAACAAGGGUAAUGGAGAUGUUGAGCAGAAACAAAGGGAUUGUUGUGACAACCGUAUUAGCAGUGUCGUUAGGGAUAUUCAUAUCUCGAACAUUCAAGGCUGAUGAAAAGUGAAAAGAAGACUCUGCAAUCUUUGUAUUGUUGCUUGUAACUUCUUCUAUUAUGUAACUUGU